CCCACUCUUUCCGUUGAUCACAAGUAAAAAAAAAUGGAAGAAUGGAUAAGCCCGGCAUUUUGGAUCUAAGCGGCGAGCAGUUUUUCGGAGGCGAGCGGCGGGAGGUUUCGACGGCGAGCUGCCGGCAGCUGCUGCUGGACACGGAUGCGUGUGGCACUGGUGGUGCCUCGUUUGCCGGAGGCAGCACCGAGUCGAGCGGCCGGUGCUGCAAGAGGCUUCACGGUGGGUGGCGGCCUCUUCGGCGGCGACAGUGUGGCGACCCGCCUCCAUCCCCCUCUCCCUUCCUUGCCCGUGGCGAUGGACGAGGACCAUGGCCCGACCUCCUUCUCCAUAACCCGCACCCGCGCUCUCCUAUUUUCGCCGCUGGACUCUCAUCGCCACGGCGGCGGCGGCCCCUGCCCCCACUCCACGCUCCUCUUCUCUUCGUCGCGCACGGCGGCAGAAGGAGGGUUUCUGAUGGGAGCAAGGCUUGCGACCCCUCCGUCACAACUGCUCCGGGGCCCGGACAAAGCCGAGGCCGUCUCUGUGAACUCUCCAGCGAGCUGAUCAUUGCCCUCCUCCAUCUAAGAUGCAAGGUAGCAGCAGCAAUACAGGUUCCAUGGCCUCUGUCGCAUAGCUGCCACCCAAAGCAGUCCCCAGGGUACGGUGGUGGUUGGCAUUCUGUUUGAUGCGGGCUGCAUCUACUCCCACGACAACGGUCAGCAACUAUGUGUUCACCAUCGGAGUUCUUCAGUAUCGCCCCCUCUCUGUCAUGUAUGUGUAGUUUACUCUCCCAUGCCAAGUAUCUGCUUGAAUUAAGUCAGAUUCAGUAAGAAAAUUUGUUAGCUAAACUUGGAUGGAUUGUGUCCCCAAGUGCAGAGCUGAAACAUUAUGUAUAUUAUUUCGGUCUCGUCCCCAAAUAUAUUUGUUUUGGGCAUAGCUAUCGUACAAGCUUAGUACU